UCUGUCUGGGCUUGGGCCCCGCGGCGACGGCGGCGGCACCAUGUUUCUUCAUUCAGUCAACCUCUGGAACCUGGCGUUUUAUGUCUUCAUGGUCUUCAUGGCCACCCUGGGGCUAUGGGAUGUCUUCUUUGGCUUCGAGGAGAAUAAAUGCAGUAUGAGCUACAUGUUUGAGUACCCCGAGUAUCAGAAAAUAGAACUUCCAAAGAAACUGGCAAAACGCUAUCCAGCAUAUGAAUUAUAUCUUUAUGGAGAAGGUUCCUAUGCAGAAGAACAUAAAAUUCUCCCUUUAACGGGUAUUCCAGUUCUCUUUCUUCCUGGUAAUGCUGGAAGUUACAAACAAGUUCGUUCUAUUGGCUCUAUUGCACUAAGAAAAGCAGAAGACAUUGACUUCAAGUACCACUUUGACUUCUUUAGUGUGAACUUCAAUGAAGAAUUAGUGGCAUUGUAUGGUGGAAGUCUUCAAAAGCAGACCAAGUUUGUACAUGAAUGCAUUAAAACAAUUCUCAAACUCUACAAGGGUCAAGAAUUUGCUCCCAAAAGUGUGGCAAUAAUUGGUCAUUCUAUGGGUGGCCUUGUUGCAAGAGCGUUGCUUACACUGAAAAAUUUCAAACAAGAUCUGAUAAAUCUUCUUAUUACACAAGCCACACCUCAUGUUGCUCCUGUGAUGCCAUUAGAUCGUUUCAUUACAGAUUUUUAUAUGACUGUAAACAACUAUUGGAUUCUAAAUGCUCGACAUAUAAAUUUAACCACACUUUCGGUAGCUGGAGGAUUCCGGGAUUACCAAGUUCGUUCAGGACUGACUUUUCUACCAAAAUUAAGCCAUCAUACCAGUGCCUUAUCUGUUGUGAGUUCAGCAGUGCCUAAGACCUGGGUCUCAACAGACCACCUCUCUAUUGUGUGGUGCAAACAAUUGCAAUUGACUACAAUUCGAGCAUUCUUUGAUCUGAUUGAUGCUGAUACUAAACAAAUAACUCAAAACCCCAAGAAGAAAUUGUCUGUUUUGAAUCAUCACUUUAUAAGACACCCGGCAAAACAUUUUGAGGAAAAUCCAGCAAUAAUUUCUGACUUAACAGGGACAUCUAUGUGGGUUCCAGUAAAAGUGUCCAAAUGGACCUAUGUGGCUUACAAUGAAUCUGAUAAGAUAUAUUUCACAUUUCCUCUUGCAAAUCAUAGAAAAAUCUACACUCAUGUCUACUGUCAGAGCACCAUGCUGGAUACAAAUAGUUGGAUUUUUGGCUGCAUCAAUAGCACGUCCAUGUGCCGUCAAGGGGUCGAUUUAUCAUGGAAAGCUGAACUGCUGCCUACAAUUAAGUCUCUGAUGUUAAGACUUCAAGACUACCCAUCUCUGUCUCAUCUUGUUGUUUAUGUGCCAUCUGUUCAUGGAAGUAAGUUUGUUGUAGAUUGUGAAUUCUUUAAAAAAGAAACAAGGUCCUUACAGCUUCCUGUAACUCAUCUUUUUUCUUUUGGAUUCUCUUCAAGGAAAGUGAUUUUAAAUGCAAGUGGUCUCUACUACAAUAUAGAGCUUUUGAACUUUGGGCAGAUAUACCAAGCUUUUAAAAUCAACGUGGUAAGCAAGUGCUCAGGAGUCAAAGAGGAGAUAACUAGUAUAUAUAAACUUCAUAUUCCCUGGUCUUAUGAAGAUUCACUAACUAUUGCACAGGUUCCAUCUUCCACAGAAAUAUCUCUGAAACUCCAUAUUGCUCAGCCAGAAAAUGACAGCCAUGUGGCACUAUUAAAAAUGUACACAUCAUCAGACUGUCAGUAUGAGGUGACAGUGAAGACUUCCUUUUCACAAAUACUUGGACAGGUAGUUCGAUUUCAUGGUGGAGCCCUUCCUGCUUAUGUUAUAUCUAGCAUCCUUCUUGCUUAUGGAGGGCAGUUGUACUCUCUUUUCUCAGCAGGUUAUUGCUUAGAAUAUGCUACCAUAUUGGAUAAAGAAGCCAAACCAUACAAAGUUGAUCCUUUUGUAAUUAUAAUUAAGUUUCUAUUGGGGUAUAAAUGGUUUAAAGAAUUAUGGGACACAUUAUUGUUACCAGAGUUGGAUGCCAUUUUUUUAACUAGUCAGAGUAUGUGUUUCCCCCUUGUGUCCUUGAUUCUCUUUCUGUUUGGAACAUGUACUGCCUACUGGAGUGGCCUGCUCUCUUCUACAUCUGUGAGACUCCUUUCUUCAUUGUGGCUAGCUCUGAAAAGACCCUCUGAACUUCCUAAAGAUAUCAAGAUGAUAUCACCAGACUUGCCCUUUCUGACAAUCGUUUUGAUCAUCAUUAGUUGGACAACUUGUGGAGCACUUGCUAUACUUCUUUCUUAUCUUUACUAUGUGUUUAAGAUUGUUCAUCUACAAGCCAGCCUAACUACUUUUAAAAAUAGCCAACCUGUGAAUCCCAAACACUCUAGAAGAAGUGAAAAAAAGUCCAAUCACCACAAAGACUCUGCGUUACACCAUCUUCGUUUAUCUGCCAGUGAUGCUGAAGAUAGUCUUCGCAUGCAUAGUACCGUGAUUAACUUGUUAGCAUGGAUCGUGUUACUCAGCAUGCCAUCUUUAAUUUAUUGGUUAAAGAAUCUUAGGUAUUAUUUUAAGCUUAAUCCUGAUCCAUGUAAACCUUUGGCAUUUAUCCUUAUUCCAACUAUGACAGUUCUUGGGAAUACUUACACUGUUUCGAUAAAAUCAAGUAAAUUGUUGAAGACAGCGUCACAAUUUCCACUUCCUCUGGCUGUUGGUGUGAUUGCUUUUGGGUCAUCACAUUUAUACAGGGUUCCAUGCUUCGUCUUCAUUCCUCUUUUACUCCAUGCAUUAUGCAACUUCAUGUAAAAUUGGAUUUAAGGA